AUGUCGAUGCCAUCAAGCUCGCCGCGACUUCCCAGUCCACCACCACCAGCCGAGAUCCAGAUAGGGCCCAAGUCGCCAGGACUGGGUGCGACAGCUAACCGCCAAGCACAGCAGAUGGAGCAGAAUAUGGCCGACGCGAAUGCCAAACGGCGCAUCCACCCAGGCACCAAAGCCGAGCACAUGGCUGCUGGACCGCCGCUGGUGCCUCUCAACGAGCUCGACUCGGCCUUCCAGCUACAGGAACAUCUUGCCGCUCUCCACUAUCACCUCAGCGCCCAAAACACCCUGCCCAUCUCGCGCCAGACGGCCGUCCAGCUCGCCACCCCUCCCCCCGGCAUCGACCGUACCCUCUGGCUCUACGAGCUCUGCCGCUUCCUCAUCGCCCAGUGCAAUAGCCUGAUCGUCGGCUUCCUCUUCGACACGCCCGCCUGCUCCCAGGCCACAUGCCCCGAGAUGCGCGCCUCUGAGUGGCAGUUCCUGUGCGCCGUCCACGACCAGCCCAAGAGCUGCUGUGCCAUCGACUACUGCUGCCACACGCUCGACUGGGCUGCCGGCGUCGUGACUAACCCCAAGAUCUUCCCGAGCCGCUUCGUCGUCCUGCACGAGGGCCACGACAAGAACGCCGUCCAGAAGAACCUCGUCAACGUCUUCCGCCGCCUGCACCGCAUAUUCGCCCACGCCUGGUUCCAGCACCGCGGCGUCUUCUGGUCCGUCGAGGCCCAAACGGGGCUCUACGUCUUCUUCAAGACCGUGUGUGACCUGUACGACCUUUUGCCCCAGGAGAACUAUAAGCUCCCACCUGAAGCCGAAGGCCUCGAGCCCGCAACGUCGGAGAAGGACGACAGCCAGCCCAAAGUGACGCAGAUUGCGAAACCUCCCGCGCGGGAGAGCGAAGGCGCGGGACACGAAGAGGAUCACCAUAGCAUGAUGGCCAGACGGUCCAACACAGCGCGACACUCCAGUCGUCCGUCCGUGGGGAGCGCUGUGACGACCGUCAUUGAAGAACGGGAAGAUGAUUCUUCCGAGAUGGCC